AUUAGAAUCUCCACAAGCCAGCUACGGUGAAUUUGGAAAAUCAACAAACGUUCAUUUAAGUGAAAAUCAACAAACUAUCUCAAUGCUAGUUAUAUUUGUGGGAUCGACAUCCUAAAUUCUACAACUUGCAUGGAUGAAAAAAAGAGCUUAUUCUAAGCUGGAUUUGGGUCCUUUUCUUGGAGCUGGAAAUAGAAAUGUGGAGCCGCUGAGAGAGGGGGCAGGUUUUGCCAGGGCCUCGACGUCUAGAAGCCCUAAACAAGAAUGAAUUCGAUUUUAAGAAUGGAGUUAAUCAAACGCAAUAAAAGCAUACACAAAAAAUUAAGACGAUUUCGACGGUUAGAAGGAUGUGACUGCAAGGAGCAUCAUGAAGAGCAUUAUAAGCAAAUUUAAAGGGUGUGAUCGCAAAAAUUUUCUGCUUGCUUCGUUCACAAGGUCCUCGACUUUUGGUGUUGCCCCGGAGCCUCCUAAACCUCUCGACCGUCAUGCCAACAAGUUGAUUUACUAAAAUGAAAAGAGCGAAUGGAUUGGCUUGUCCCCGCCUUUAAAGCGUGAAUAAUGCUAAAAUUAUCAUAAUGAUUUAUGGAGCUGGAAAUUUUAGAAUAGCACUAUUUUCGGUUUUAGCUGGUUUUUCCCGCGGUUAUGCGGUUUUAAGAAAAAUAAUGCACGGGUUUACGGCUUUGGCAAAAAUUUCAGGCGGCUCUACGGCCUGAUUUCAGACCUCCCCAAGCACCCCCUCCUAAAAGUAAGUAAGGGUGACGGUGGGCGUUAUUUCCUUUUUACAUAAUUAUUGUCUGUUUGGAUAAUUUUGAAGGUAAUGUAACUUUAGAAAUCAAAAUGUUUUUUGGCCAAAGUUAUUGUCUUCUGUCAUGAACGUGACGACAACAUUGACGAUCAAGCAGUAAGAUCAAGUGGAGGCCAGUCCACGGGAGUGAGGCCAAAUAAACAACAGUGGAGCAAUCCAUGGAAACGAUGCCAAAAAGAAAGACCAAUGAUCACUUGAUGAAUGAUUCUGAGCAGAUAUGUCUGUAGUAAACAGUGAAGCUGCUGAUAUUUCUAAAUUGGUGCUAUCCACUGUUGAUCAUCUACAAGACCUAGCAAAGAGGAUAAAGCAAUGGCAGCAAGAUCAAGAUUCAUUUGAUGACAUUUCAGGAGUUGUUGAAAUAAUCAUUAACACACUUCAUGAACUAGAUUCUGAUAGAUUACAAGUUCAUCAAGAAUUGGAAGCAGAAACUAUUAAAGCAAGCAUACAGAGACAUAAAUUAGCUCCAUAUGCAGAAGAAAUCGAAAAUGAAAUCAGAGCUGCUGUUACAUUUGCUAGGGAAUCAAAUGAAUCAGAAAUAAAUAAAUUGCAGGAUAAAAUUGAUGGCAUUCUUAAUGAAAAAGAGAGCUCUGAGCAGAGGUUAAGCUUGCUGACUGUAGAGAGUUGCAGUUUGGAGCCAGAGAAAGAUGAACUCACUUCACAGCAUGAAAGAAUGGUGGCAGUUUUAAACCAGACUCUCACAGACAGAGCCAACAUGCAAAUUAAGCUGAACGAGACAAGAGAUCAUUUACGAGAAACCUACAGAAAGAUCAGCGAUGUGGAAAAGGCUCUUAUCGAUAUUGAAGUUGAAAUGGAAGAAGACAAAGAAGAAGCAAGAAUAAAUAAAGAUAAGCUGCAAAAGUCUGUUAAAGAGACAAAAAAGAAAGUCGAAGAACAAGCAACUGCUAAUCUGAUAAAGUCGAAGGAAAUUAAAAAGAUCCAAAGUGAGCUCAAUGACCAAGAACUGGAGCUAGAUGAAAAGAAAAAGGCCAUUCGUCAACUCGAAACAUCAAAAACUCGCCUUGAAGCUAAUCAAGUACAGCUGACGCGUCAAGUAAGGAAGGAAGUCAAAGAAAAUGCUCGUUUGACUCAAGAAGGGAUGAAGAUUCUGGAGACUGGAGCCGGAAGCUCUCAGAAAUUAAUAGAAUCCCAGGAAGAGCUUAAUGAAACGAAAAAAGCGGUUGAAUCAGAGAUGGCCAAAUCUAACGAAGAGUUCCAGAGAUUGAGUAAUGAAAAGAUGAAAUUAUCAAAUGAGCUAGAGGCUGCAAAGUCUCGUGGAACAAAGGAGAAGGAUGAAGCAGAUCUGAUGCAAAAGAGACUCAGAAGUGCCAAAGAUGAACUUCUUACUCAAAGUGACGACUGCCAACGACUAAAGAGAGCUAAUACAGAACUAGAGUCCACAAUAGAUCAACUUUUACAAGACCACCAAGCUAUUGUAGAGCUACUAAACAAACAAAUAAGCGAUUUCACUUUCAACCUCGCAGCAGAAAGAAAAGAAAGGCAGUUGCUGCAGACCAAAAGAGACGAAAUCACCAAAGAAAUAAAUGAAUUCAAGACAGAUUACGGCAAACUCAUGUCUGGAAUAACAAAGAAAAUAAACGAUGGAAAAAGCGAGCACCACAAACUUACAGAUUUGGGAAUUAUGUUACAAAAAAGCCUGAAGCAAGAUGAGGUUGAUAUAUCAAACAAACAAAAGCAACUGAAAAGAGCAAAGGAGCAGCAUGCAAAAAUAAAACAAUCUUUGAAGGCACAGAUAUCCAAACUAGAGAAAAGUAUUGCGAGUAUAGAAAAGGAGAUUCAAGAGAAGUCUGAUUUAAUCAAAGAAAGAACGCCACCAUUUGAGGACCUGAAAAAGCUUUCUGAGCGCAAAACAACUGAAUUUGAAGAAAUGAAGAAAUAUAUCGUUGAUUUGAAGAAUAAAAAGAGUGGACUCGAAAGUUCAGUGUCAACUACCUCGCAGAAAAUUUUAACAAUGCAGAAUCCUCAGAAGUCUAUACAAAAGGAAAUCAUCGAAAACAGAAAGAAAAAUUUGGAAUUGCUGCGCCUGCAAACUGAUGAACUGAAGAAAAAAGAGCAAGAAAUAUUCCUUGCAGAACAUCGACUGGGCCUUAUAAAUCAAGAAAACCAAAGGAUGUCAAAGGUGAGUGAAUGCUACGUGUAAAUAAAACCAAAGUUAAAUUGUAAUUAUUGGAUGACCCUUUAAUCCAUCUUUUACUUCCUCGUUUGGUUUGUAUCCUCGUUAAACCUUUGUCCCUUAUAAGCACGUCCUUGUUCAUAUUUCCAAAAGAACAGCACGAUGUAAAUAGGCCUUUCGUCGAUUUCUCAGAAUCUUGUACAUUCAUGAAUACGUUGAGCAGGAAUAACGAAAAGCGACUAGGAGCAAACCAAUACAGCAAAAGACGACCUUGCAAUAUGAAAAUGAUUGGAUGACAAAUAAUUCGUUUAAUCUCAAUAAUUCGUUUAUAGUAAUUUUUGCAUUUUAAAACCAUUUCUUGGUUUAUUGGAAUUGCUCUUCGUCGUUUUGCGCUACUCAUGCUUGCCAUUUUAUUUCAAUUUCUCUCUUUUAUUUCUGGGAUGAAUUUUUAAUGUUUGUAUAAUUUCUAAGGCGGUUUUUGAAAUGCGAAGUGAAAUAGAAUUGAUGACCAAAAGAACUGCAGCACUUCAAGCAGGAAAGCUGGAUAUUGACCAAGAAAUUCAGAAAUACACGGGUUGGUUAGACGAAAAAUGGCGGGAAGAUAUGAAACUAGAAAGGGAGUAUUGCGAAAGAGAUCUCCCGUUUAUAGAAGACUUGAAACGAAUCGAAACAAAAGCCUUUCAAAGAGAAGGAAGGGUCGACGAAAUUCACACGAAACUUCAGCAGCAGCUUCAGCUGUUAGCAGAUUUCAUUGAUGGCGUGGCUGGCCUAAGGCCGAAAUGAGUCUCUUCAGUUUACAAUAGGAUGAAGGCAGUUAGAUGAAUUUGACUAAUGGAUGUAUCAAAUAUGCUUGGCCAGUUCGCUAGGAAAUUUUUUCUGCUAUUUGGGCACAUUCUCAGUCAUUUUCUUGCUGUUUUGAGAAAGCUCAUUCAUCUUGUCUGAUUUCGACGGGCAUUAAAGUAGUGAAGAAAAACUUUAUCAAAAUGUUAUAUAUCGAAUCACAAAUGUAAUGAAUCAGACUGUGAGUGUUAUAUUUAGAAUUGUGAGUGUAUAUUUGUAAUUUAAAAGCGCCUUUUAAGUGUAUAUAUGAGGCUGACGUAGAGUGGAUUCUUAUGUGAUGCCUCAGAUUUUCCUUAAAUCCUGGCAACCAGAAAAUAAUCUUAUUGCUUCAAAAAAUGUUGUCAUAUUCUCCUGAUAUUCCGGAUU